UCGUCACUGGUGCAACAUCAGGGAUUGGUAAAGCUUAUUCCAAUGAGCUGGCACAACGAGGCCUGGAUGUUGUUUUGGUGAGCAGAUCUUCUGAUAAGCUUCAAGCCAUCGCAAAUGAGAUAGAGGAAAAGUAUGAAAGAAAGACUCGCUGCAUCCAAGUGGACUUCACAGACGGCCCCAGUAUCUACCCUACUAUAGGGAAAGAACUACAUGGAUUGGAGAUUGGAAUUCUGGUUAACAAUGUAGGAAUGAUGUAUUCUGAAACUUGUGAGUAUUUCCUGGAUGCCCCGGAUGCUGAACAGAAAAUCACUGAUGUCAUCAACUGUAACGUGCUGUCUGUCCCUCAUAUGACUCGACUGGUUCUUCCGGGCAUGGUUGAAAGGGGAAAAGGCCUGAUCAUCAAUAUGUCCUCUUUAGCGGGCCGCCGCCCACAUCCUUUGGUGUCUCUUUAUUGUUCUUCUAAGAGUUUCGUUUCAUUUUUCUCUGAGUGUCUGCAUGCUGAGUACAAGUCAAAAGGAAUCAUUGUUCAGUGUGUGGCCCCCUUUCUGGUGUCUUCCAACAUGAUUCAAAAUAUUAAGAACAACUACUUUGUGAGGAGCGCUCCAGUGUUCGCCCGGGAAGCCUUGGACACUGUGGGUCACUCCAGCUACACCACCGGCUGCCUGUCCCACACGCUGCAGAGCAUGGCCCUCACAGUGCUCCUACCCGACUGGCUCCGUAUGUCAUCGUUCUUUGUCCGAAAGCAACACGACUUCUUGAAAGUCCGAAACAAAAAGAACGCCAAAAAAUCAGACACUCAGUGAAAAGGAAGGAGACAGAGAUGUGCCUGCAGCUACGAAGAGGAUUCAGACAACUAAAUGCAAGAAAGAUUUAUUUGUAGUUUUUUGUAUUUCAGGAAACAUAAAC